AUGUCCCGCCUCGAGGUCAACAUGGCGGGCGGCACAGGCGAGAAGCUGACCACGGCCACCAUCAUCGUUGCAGGUGUCGCCGCCCUGAUAGCCACCUUCCUGUCAGCCAUUCGUAUGCUACCUAUCCCGCCCGCGCUCCCCCUCCAACGAAAGCUGACGCCUAGCAGGAAGAACUAUCGAAAACCACUCCUCCAGCGAUAUGUCGUUCGAAUCUUGCUCAUGGUCCCCAUAUACUCGAUAUCGUCUUGGACAAGCAUGGUUUCUAUCAAGGCUUCGUCUUUCCUCGACCCUGUCCGAGACAUUUACGAGGCUUUCACCAUCUACACCUUCUUCCAGCUCCUUAUCAACUAUCUCAGCGGAGAACGCGCUCUGAUCAUCAUGACCCACGGCCGCGAGCCAGUCUCCCACCUGUGGCCUAUGCAUCAUGUGCUGCCCCGUGUCGACAUUUCCGAUCCUCACACGUUCCUCGCCAUCAAGCGCGGCAUUCUGCAGUACGCGUGGUUGAAACCCAUCCUGGCUUUAGCCACCGUCAUCAUGAAGGCGACAGAUACCUACCAGGAGGGCUACAUUGGCGUGGAGUCGGGCUACCUUUGGAGCGGCAUCAUCUACAACCUCAGCGUCACCAUCAGUCUGUACUCACUCGGCCUGUUCUGGGUCUGCAUGCAUGAUGAUCUGCUGCCCUUCCGUCCGGUGCCCAAGUUCUUGUGCGUCAAGCUCAUCAUCUUUGCCUCGUACUGGCAAGGGUUCUUCCUGUCUAUCCUCGUCUGGCUCGGAGCCAUCCCAGACAAUGUCGAGGGGUACAGCCCCGAUAACUUGGCCGCUGCCAUCCAGGACGCCCUGAUUUGUAUCGAGAUGCCAGCGUUCGCUAUUGCCCACUGGUAUGCCUUUUCGUGGCACGAUUUCGCGGAUAAUAGGGUUUCCUCGGCACGGAUGCCCGUCAAGUUUGCGUUCCGCGAUGCGUUUGGUGUCAAAGAUCUCAUUGAGGACUCAAAGGAAACAUUCAUGGGCGACAAGUAUGGCUACCGGUUUUUCGACUCGGGCGACAAGAUCAUGGCGCAUGAAGAGUCUCGCGCCAGGUUGGGAAGACUCGACGAGGGCAUGCGGUACACAAGAGGUGGCAAGGCAAAGUAUUGGAUCCCGACACCCGGUCAGGUCGAUCGCCAGACGAAUCGCAACUUGAACGAACGCGACCCCUUGCUCCAAGGAACUGCGGGCGGUCCGAGUGAAGAGUACAACUCUGCCAACGGCACCUUCAAUGAAGGUCUCACCGGCGAGCCUGAGAUUGACAACGACGAUGAGCGUCUCUACGGCAAGGCGCGCGAGUUAGAGUUUGGUGAUUGGAAUUACCCCGUCAUCACUGCAAAUGUCCCCCUAAGCCAACGGUACAUGUCCUCUCAGGGAAGUUUAGGAUUUGCGUCCGAGCCACGGUCGACAGUUGAGCGUCUACGUGUGUCUCCUCGGCCUAGCGAGCCAGCCGUAGUUACGAUCAAGAAGAAAAAGAAGCAAAAACAGAAGCAAGUCGCUGCAGCUGAGACAUCCCCCGAUCGUACCGCCUCUGGGUCGUCAUCCAAGCCUCAAAGCCCAUCACCUCAGCCGACUGCAGCCGAGGAACAGGCUGAACCGGAAGCGAGUGUUUCUAAGUCGUACAGCGAGCCGGAAGCGUCUCCCCUUUUGCAAGAGGCAACAGCAUCGCCGUGGGCAGAGAGCGAGCAAGAAGACGAUUUCAAUAAGAACUUUGGUGUCGGGGACGACGAGGAGAUUAACAAGAAUGUUUGGAGCGGUGGCGAGUCCCGCUGA